AUGGAUGUCGAAAGGGAACGAGACAGCAACUACCUGCUGGCGCACAGCAGUCUCCACUCACAAGCCUCCGUGUCCCGCAGCAGCCCUUCCGCCCAGGCCAGAGGCAGAGCCCUUGCCCCGAAGCACGACCUGGAGGUCGCGGUCAAAUGUAUCAACAAGAAGAACCUGGCCAAGUCGCAGACCCUGCUGGGAAAGGAGAUCAAAAUCCUCAAGGAAUUAAAGCAUGAAAACAUCGUGGCCCUGUACGACUUCCAGGAAAUGGCCAAUUCUGUCUACCUGGUCAUGGAGUACUGCAACGGCGGGGACCUCGCUGAUUACCUGCACACCAUGCGCACGCUGAGUGAGGACACCAUCAGGCUCUUCCUGCAGCAGAUUGCCGGCGCCAUGCGGCUGCUGCACAGCAAGGGCAUCAUCCACCGGGACCUGAAGCCUCAGAACAUCCUGCUGUCCAACCCCGGGGGACGCCGCGCCAACCCCAACAACAUCCGUGUCAAGAUUGCCGACUUCGGGUUUGCCCGGUACCUCCAGAGCAACAUGAUGGCAGCCACCCUCUGCGGCUCUCCGAUGUACAUGGCCCCUGAAGUCAUCAUGUCCCAGCACUACGACGGGAAGGCGGACCUGUGGAGCAUUGGCACCAUCGUUUACCAGUGUCUGACCGGGAAGGCCCCUUUCCAGGCCAGCAGCCCACAGGACCUGCGCCUGUUCUACGAAAAGAACAAGACACUGACCCCCGUCAUCCCCCGGGAGACCUCCGCCCCCUUGCGGCAGCUGCUCCUGGCUCUGCUGCAGCGCAGCCACAGAGACCGCAUGGACUUUGACGAGUUCUUCCAGCACCCCUUCUUAGACGCCAGCACCUCCAUCCGGAAGUCCCCCCCUGUGCCCGUGCCCUCCUACCCCAGCUCGGGGUCCGGCAGCAGCUCCAGCAGCAGCUCCACAUCCCACCUGGCUUCCCCGCCGUCCCUGGGGGAAAUGGCACAGCUUCAGAAGACCCUGACGUCCCCGGCCGACGCCGCCGGCUUCCUGCGGGGCUCCCGGGACUCUGGCGGCAGCAGCAAGGAUUCGUGUGACACGGAUGACUUUGUCAUGGUCCCAGCCCAGUUCCCAGGUGACCUGGUGGCUGAGGUGGCCAGCGCCAAGCCCCCACCGGACAGCCUGCUGUGCAGCGGGAGUUCGCUGGUGGCCUCUGCUGGCCUGGAGAGCCGCGGCCGCACUCCAUCUCCCUCCCCGACCUGCAGCAGCUCCCCCAGCCCCUCAGGCCGGGCUGGGCCCUUCUGCAGCGGCAGGUGUGGCGGCUCGGUCCCCAUCCCAGUCCCCACUCAGGUGCACAACUACCAGCGCAUCGAGCAGAACCUGCAGUCACCCACGCAGCUCCAGGCCCGGUCCUCUACCGUCCGCAGCUCGUUGAGCUUUGCCCGGGCCAGCCCAUCUCCCCCAUCUCACGCUGACGGAGCCAUCCAGGCCAGGAAGCUGUCUCUGGGUGGGGGCCGGCCCUACACACCAUCUCCCCAAGUGGGGACCAUUCCCGAGCGGCCUGGCUGGAGCCGGGAGCCUUCACCACAAGCAGCUGAGACGCGAGCUUUCCGGGCCCCUGGAGCAGGUUCCUCUGUGCCGGAGCACUCCUCUCGCACGGCCAGUCUGGGCUGCCGUCUGCACAGUGCCCCUAACCUGUCUGACCUGCACGUCGUGCGCCCCAAGCUGUCCAAGCCGCCCGCGGACCCGCUGGGGGCCACGUUCAGCCCCCCGCAGAGCAGCGCCCCCCAGCCCUGCCCCGUGCUGCCAUCCUGCCAUCCCCUGCGCGGCUCCCCCAAGCUGCCUGACUUCCUGCAGCGGAGCCCCCUGCCCCCAAUCCUGGGCUCCCCCACCAAGGCCGGGCCCUCCUUCGACUUUCCCAAGGCCCCCAGCUCCCAGAACCUGCUGGCGCUGCUGGCGCGGCAGGGUGUAGUGGUGCCGCCCCCUCGGAACCGCACGCUGCCCGAUCUCUCAGAGGCCGGGCCCUUCCAGGGACAGCCGCUGGGCCCCGGCCUGAGGCCCGCUGAAGAAGCCCGGGGCCCCUUUGCCCGGUCCUUCAGCAGCAGCCGCCUCACGGACCUGCUCUUGAAGGCUGCCUUUGGCACCCAGGCUUCGAACUCAGGCAGCACAGACAGCCUGCAGGAGAAGCCCAUGGAGAUUGCGCCCUCGGCUGGCUCCGGAGGGACCCUGCACCCAGGAGUCCGCGCUGGGGGGGCCAGCAGCCCAUCCCCGGUAGUGUUUACUGUGGGCUCUCCCCCCAGCGGGACCACGCCACCCCAAGGCCCCUCCCGCACCAGAAUGUUCUCAGGUCCCUCCUCUGCCCGCCACCUGGUGCCUGGGCCCUGCAGCGAGGCCCCUGAUCUCCCCGCCCCGGGCCACUGCUACAGCUUUGCCGACAACCUGGAGGGGGGCGUGACCUUCGAGGCCCCCGACCUUCCUGAGGAGACCCUCAUGGAGCAAGAGCACACAGAGACUCUGCACAGCCUGCGCUUCACACUCGUGUUCGUCCAACAAGUGCUGGAGAUUGCAGCCUUGAAGGGCAAGGCCAGCGACGCGGCUGGGGGCCCAGAGUACCAGCUUCAGGAGAGCAUGGUGGCCGACCAGAUCAGUCUGCUGAGCCGGGAGUGGGGCUUCGCAGAGCAACUCGUGCUGUACCUGAAGGCGGCUGAGCUGCUGUCCUCUGGCCUGCAGACAGCCAUCGGCCAGAUCCGGGCCGGCAAGCUCUGCCUGUCGUCCACAGUGAAGCAGGUGGUGCGCAGGCUGAAUGAGCUAUACAAGGCCAGCGUGGAGUCCUGCCAAGGCCUGAGCCUGCGGCUGCAGCGCUUCCUCCUGGACAAGCAGCGGCUGCUGGACGGCGUUCACAGCGUCACGGCCGAGAGGCUCAUCCUCAACCACGCUGUGCAGAUGGUGCAGUCUGCCGCCCUGGACGAGCUGUUCCAGCACCGCCAGGGCUGUGUGCCGCGUUACCACAAGGCGCUGCUGCUGCUGGAGGGGCUGCAGCACAUGCUCACGGACCAGGCUGACAUCGACAAUAUUGCCAAGUGCAAGCUGUGCAUCGAGCGGAGACUCUCAGCCCUCCUGACCGGCGUCUGUGCCUGAGCCUCUGCUGUCUGGCUGUGGUGUCCUCGGAGCUGGACUCUGCAGACAUGUAGGAUGUGUACUGGCCAGACUCUGCACCUCAGCACAGAUUUGAUGGUGCUGAGCCUGCCACCUACCAGCGUCUGUGAUGAUGCUAGGUGGAGCCAAGCACCUGAGGCCACCGGCCUGGCCCCGCCCCACCGCCUCAGCUGCCCUCUCUGCUGGCAGUGGCCUGCAGGAUGGACACCUGGAAUGGGCCUUUGCCCCACCAGACAGGACCUCCUGAGCUUGUCCUUCCUGGCUGCCUUCUCCCCCGGCAGGCAGUCACGGUGCCAAGAGGUGGCGGGCAGGUGCACUGGACAGCCCCAAGGGUAGGCAAGGCCCUAAGACGGUGUUGCUGACUCCAAGCCAAAGCGAGCUUCUCCUCAUGGCUCCCUGGCUCACCCAGGAAAAGGGGUAUAGCCUUUUGGCCUCCCCACCUCUCUAGGAACCUCUCCCUCUGAAAUCACCCACCCAGCUUUGUAAGUCACCCAAGCACUUUAUGUAGACAGAGACU